UUGGCCAACCCUGUGGCUUUGCAGCCCUCAUUUGCAAACUGCUUUUCUGCACUUUUUUGGCAACCCACCAAUUUUUGUAUACCAAAGGCAGAUAUUCCUCUCUUUGGAUGGGGAAACUAUUGCUCUGGAUUGGCUUAUAGAUAAUGACAUUGUUAAAAGACCUGCAAGCCUAAACAUGCCCAUUUCAGAGAAUAACUCAACGCCUAUAGUGAUUGUGAUUCCUGGUCUGACAAGCGAUUCUAAAGAUCCUUAUAUAAAGCACAUUGCUUAUGCUCUUGCUAAGAAUGGAUGGAAGGUGGUUGUUGUCAAUCAUCGAGGACUAGGGGGCACUUUCGUUAUUACAGGUCGUUUUUACAAUGUUGGGUGGACAGAAGAUCUUCGCAGAGUUAUUGGUUAUUUGCGUGAUGAGAAUCCCAAGGCCCCUUUACUAGCAGUUGGGACAAGCAUUGGUGCAAAUAUACUGGUCAAAUAUCUUGGAGAGGAAGGGGCAAAUACUCCAUUAGUUGGAGCUACAGCUAUCUGUUGCCCUUGGGAUCUUGUGAUAGGUGAUCGGUUUAUAAACAGAAGGCUUAUCCAAAGGAUUUACAACAAGGUUCUGGCUACUGGUCUUCGGGGUUAUGCUCAGAUGCAUCAGGGUGCUCAUGCACAGAUUGCAGAUUGGGAUUGCAUAAAAAAGGCACGUUCUAUCAAAGAUUUUGACAAAUAUUUUACGUGUCAUAUUGGUAAAUAUGCGACGGUGGAUACAUAUUACCGCAGCUGUAGCAGUGCUUACUUUGUGAGCAAUGUAUCAAUGCCCUUAUUAUGUAUAAAUGCUUUGGAUGAUCCUGUUUGUACUUGAGAGGCUAUUUCAUGGGAUGAAUGCAGGCUAAAUAAAAAUGUAGUUCUUGCCACUACAUCACAUGGAGGUCAUCUUGCAUACUUUGAGGGACUAACAGCGGGUAGCAUCUGGUGGGUGCGGGCUGCAAAGGAAUUUCUCUCUAUUCUUUAUUCAAGCUCCCUAAUGCAUAGUGGAAAGAAGACCCCUGAUCCAGGCUCAACACUUUCAUCUCCUUUUGACAAGGGCCCUUAU